AUGGACAAGGUCAACGUUACGGGGUUGAAGGCGCUGCGGAAUGAGAUGAUAACGUUCGUCAAGGGGGAAGUCGACAGGAAACGGGCGGGCCAUGUCGGUAUUGCGGCCGACGACUGUGACGACGACGGCGACGAUCCCCUUUCGGCAUCCCAAGCUGUAGGUGUCGCCCACACCGACGACGACGCGCGGGGGACUCCACAAGGAGAGCCAGGAGCCGACGUCGACAGGAUGGAUGAGGGGGCAGGAAGGGCGGUGACUGGGACCGCAGCGGAGCACCAGGACGACAACGGGGAUCGGGAAGAGGAGGCGGAUGACGAGGGUCAGGAAUAUGAGGAAGAGGAAGAGGAGGAGGAGGAGGAAAAGGAGGAAGAGGAAGAGGAGGACGACGACGAUGACGACGACGACGAGGAGGAAGAUGAGGAGGAGGCGGCGGUUGUCGGGGAGGCGGAGAAGCAGCAAGAGGGGGAGGAAGAGGAAGUGGUCGAGCUAGAGAAAAUGGAAGAGGUGGUGGAGUGCAACGACGGAGCGGAGAAAACGGGUGGGAGGACGGCGGAUGAGUAUGCGGCCGACGACGCCUGCGUGGGGGCGGCACCCGGGUGGAGCGAGAAGUUCGUGGUCGGCGAUGUGGCUGGCGUCAUGGCCGGUGUAGGCGGGGAUACCGCGCCGGCAACGACGCGGACGGGAAUGGAUGGGCCUACCGAGGCCAAGGCGGUGGGGGGGUGGUCAAGGAAGAAGAAGGCGGCGCGUGGUCACCCCGGUCCCGCGGGGUCCGGUCGGCAGGCACCGGUGGACGUAGUCGAGCUGUUGCGAGCGGAGAACACGAGGUUGCGGGCCGACAACGCACGCCUGCAGGAGUCGCUCAAUGACCAGACGGGACGGGUCGACAUCUUGGCGAAGGCGGUAGCUGGACUCCUCGACAAGCUCACGGCGUUGACCGCACAGGUCGCCGCCACCGACCAGAAAGCGGCAAAACGUAUCGAAGACGCCACUUCGGCCAUGUCGACCACUAUCGCCGACGAGAUCACCGACAACAUCGCGGACGCCAUCGACGCUACGAAGUCGGUGUCGCGAUUUGUGGUGGACUGGCUGAAUGAAAUCAGUGGCCUGGAGGAGACCAUCAUCAGCUACAUCGGCGCCGCACAAACCAACAUUGCCGCCGCGGUUUCUCGCCCCAUCGUCCUGCCAACGCCGCCACCUCCUCCUCCCGCCCCAACUCAAGCCAUACCGGAAGAGUUCCUUCUGUCGUUCAAGGCCGACGUGCUGAAAGCGGUGACGGAGGUGACACAACAGUCGUUUGUUGCGUCCGGGAUGAAGGCAUUGACCGAGAUGAUCGGAAAUGCGGCGCCCGGUCGACGCGAGUCGUCGCCGUCGGCCAACGACGCUGGCCAGGCGCAACGACAGGAUGCUCAGAAACAUGGUCGGAAGAGGGGUGCCGGAGGCGGAGGGGGAGACGGGGGCGAUUCAGCAAGUACUAAGCGGAGCAAGGGGGGAGAUGGGAGCCGCGACGUCGGCGCGGUGGGUCCUGGCGGCUUGCGGAUUCAAGGUCAGAGCGUGGUUGACCAGCUCAAGAAAAAAGGGGCAGAGGUGAUAAGGUUGCACCGCAAGGGCGAUGGGAUCUGCAAUGCAGAUGGGGGCCCUGCCGACGGGGUCGCCGCUCCAAACGCUGUACCAACAGCCCCGCCCUUGGUCCCCGACCAGGAGACCCCCACACCUCACGCGGCGGGAGAUGGCGGCUCCGGAGCCGUCAAGGGUCCGUCAGCUGGGGUGGCGGGGACGACGUCGACUCCCAUUGACCCCCCUGGGGUCAGCAGGGCGCCGGUCGGCCAGUCGGACGACAACAAAGUUGGGCCGGAGAUUGCGCCGACUCCUGCUCCAGCAGUCCGGACUGCCGCCACGGGCGACGCGAAGGGCGCUGCGGCUAACCGCGAUGCUUCGGCCGCCAGAAAGCCGGAUGCGCUCAGGGAACUGCUCCACCGCAUGGAGACCCAUCGCAAGGACGUGCAGCAGCCUCCAUCGGUCGAUGCCGCCCCUCUCGAAACAGCGCGUCCCUCGGUUGCUCCGCAAGUCGCCGCCGCUGCGUCCAACGCCCCACCUACCACGCCUCAUGUCGCCGCCCGUCCUCCCGCGGACCCAAAGUCCGCAUUGCUUCGCGCCCGGUUAGGCGAGCGUAGUGCGGCUGCACCAACACGUACUCGGCCGGCAGCCGGCUCAGGCGCGAAGCAGACGUCGACAGGCGUGGCUGAUCCCACUCCCGGCGCAGCUGUUGUCGAUGCGGCGGCGGAGAAGGGCGUGAGUGCAGCGCUAGCCACCGGUGGCGGAGGCGGUGACCCUGCACAGGCGGCGAAAGGCCACAACGACGCCGACAUCGCCGCCAUCCAUAACCUGCUGGAAGCGCUACAUCGCCCCGCCCCCCCCCCCCCCCCCCCCCCCCGGCGCUGGCCAUCGCAGACACGGCGCAUGUCGGGACCGCGGCGUGUCCCCCUGGUGGUUCAGCGGUGCCAAAGACGUCCAGUGGGACUCUGCGGAGCAGAAUCAGGAAGAGAAGUCGGUCGGCGAGGGCACGUCGGCGAAGCAAGGGAAGGAGAGGCCGCGGUCGGCGAGGGUAGGCCGGUGAAAAAGGGGAAGGAGAAGGAGAAGAAGAAGGAGCAGGCGGAGAAGGAGGCGGAGGCGAAGGAGAAGGGCCGGAAGGGUCAUGGCAUCCGCCAGGACAGCACGGGCGACGGGUUAGGGUGGGUGGGGGAGAUUAAAGUGCUCAAUCACAAUCGGUACAUCGGCAAGUCACGCGUCAAGAUGGAGCUGGCGUACCUGCACUCGAUCGCGUUCAUGGUCUACGACGGUUACGUCAGCAAGGUCCUCUUGGACGAACUCGCCGGCUUGAAGGACGCCGAGAUGGAGGAGUGGAGGAGGGUGUGGGAGGAGGUCAGGAUCUUGCCGACAGGGAUGUGGACGGUGAUAUGGGCACGGGGCGCGUACCUUCCACGAACACGGUUCGACGACAUCCUCGACAAGUAUCGAGCGUACAAGAGCUCAGGCGAUGCGCACCACGACGCGCUCUUGCCGGCGAUCUGGUUCCCCGUCGAUGCCGACACGAAGGAAGGCCAAGAGAAGGCGGAUGCUGCGAUGUCGGCCCUGAUUAGUCGCGUGUCCAUGUGCGCGGCGUAUGGGAAGGUCGCUGCGAGCGUCGUGGAGAAGGCGGAGUUGGUGGCACAGGCAUGGGCGGCAUCGGCUUCCGCCUUGUGGUGCUUAGUCGAGAACGAUGACGCCUCCGUGGACGAUGCUGUGAGAGAGGGGAUGGCGGCGGCGAUGGUGGUCGGUGCGAGCGAGACGACCGCAGACGUCUUCAAAAAAGUCAUGAAGGCGGUGAUUCAGGCUGAGAUUGAGAGGGAGCAACCCCUCGGGGAGGUCGCGCACAACGUCGCGCCGGCGCUGCAGAGUGCCGCUCUGCAAAAGCUCUAUCCGGGGAGGGAUGCAGAACAUGAAGCCGUCGUGGUCGCUAGAGCCAUGGUGGAGACCAUGGCUUUUUGGGGAAUGUGCCCCGUCGCCGGGCCGAAACUCGAGGAGAUCGGCAUCGCUGUGCCUUGUGACGCGCAGAUGGAGCACGAUUUUAAAGAGAGGGGAAAGAAGGGGCAGAGGGGCAAGCACGGCAAGGACAGCACGGAGAAGACGAAGGGGAAGAAGGGCAGGAAGGUCAAGGACAACACGGAUGCGUAG